UUCUACCCGCAUCGGCCACCGCCGCCGCCAGAAUCUAUUCCGCCCACCUCGCCUCGUCGACGUCGUCUCGGGGUCUCGGCGCGCCGCCUGCGGGGAGCGAGGAGCAAGCGCCGCCGCGACAGCGAGCUCGUCCUUCCGAAGGCUAGCAGCAUCCGACAGCCAUGGCGAAGCAUCACCCCGAUCUGAUCAUGUGCCGGAAGCAGCCCGGCAUCGCCAUCGGCCGCCUGUGUGAGAAGUGCGACGGCAAGUGCGUCAUCUGCGACUCGUACGUGCGCCCCUGCACCCUCGUCCGCGUCUGCGACGAGUGCAACUACGGGUCGUUCCAGGGGAGGUGCGUCAUCUGCGGAGGGGUGGGCAUCUCGGACGCCUACUACUGCAAGGAGUGCACGCAGCAGGAGAAGGACCGCGACGGGUGCCCCAAGAUCGUGAACCUGGGGAGCGCCAAGACCGACCUCUUCUACGAGCGCAAGAAGUACGGUUUUAAGAAGCGAUAGACGAACAUGCUGGCACCAUUUGAUGGAUACCAAGAGUAGGCUGGCCGGACGAACAGCGCUGUACUGUAUUGGUGUUAUUAUGGUUUUGUACUGAUUGGAGAAUACAUCCCUGGUGAUUAUCUGUGAUUACUGCUUCUGAUGUAUGGUCUUAGCUCUUAAGUGAGUCUAGCUAGACUCUCAACUGGUUAUGCGGUGGUGAUAUGCGCCGUGACUGUUUGUUGUUGACUUGGAAUGUGGAUUGCGAUGA